GAAUGGACUCUCCGCGACUAAAAAUAAACAUUAAUACUUAAUAUGUACUUUCGUUUUCUAAAAUUCGGGAGACCAGAGACAGGAUUUUGUACAAUAUUAAUAUGAACAACAACUAAGAUUCAUGGAUCAAGAUGACAAAAUAAGUGUAAGUAAUGACAAAUCUACAUAUUUGUAAGUCUUUUUUGUAAAAAAAUUAAUAAAAAUAAAAAUAUAUAAAGUGGCUUCAGCUGUUUUCAUAUCACUUCCGAGUUCGAAUUCGAUGAUUGAGUGUUGUACGUUAAUCUGGAUGUCGAUAUUGGUCGGUUCUAAUUGAAAUAAUAAUUCAUAAAACGAAAGUCCAAAAGAAAAAAAAAGAAGAAAAAGAGUGAUGUUCAAUAAGAAUGUGUCUUAUAUGGCCUAGUUGUUGUUUGUCCCAUAGAAAUAAGCUAAUUGAUGUCGUGUGAACGUGUUCGUUGUGCUGUUUCACUGUAUCCGGAAUGACAAAGGCCUGUGUUUACUGUAUAUUUUUUGGCUGGUAUGCAGUUUAUACUUCAAUGCCAAGAAAUUGACGUUAUCUGUUUGUUAGCAUUUGUGUGUUGAUGCAUUUUUCAGUAAAGUUUGCCAGUUAUGCUGGUAGUAGACAUUGUCAUUAAUCACUGGCCAUGUUGUCUUUCUCUUUAAUGAAGAGCGUAAUCUUACCGUGUGGAUUUUUCUUUUGUUUGUUUCAUUUUGUAAUUGUCAUAAACGUGUCUUGUUAUAAAUCUCGGUGAUUAGGAAUUAAAAAUUGGAAUGAAUGAAUUGUAUAACAGAAAGGGAAUUCACUUGUUGGUUUUUGUGUUUUCUCUUUACUCAAACAAAAAAAAAGAAGAAGAUUAAAACGCAAAACAAUAUAAAACAGGAAAUUACUCUUGAUACUUAGUGUUACAUAAUGUAUUUAUAUCCAUAUUCAACCCUCCUGGUAUUUCCGCCACUUUAUGUUUUUCGGUUGUUAGUCAUGCUGUAAUAAUAUUUUGUGGUGUUUAGUAUUCUGUGUUAGCUGUGGUUGAUUUGCUAUUCUGUGGUGUUUAGUAUUUUGUGUUAGCUGUGAUUGAUUUCCUAUUCUGUGAUGUUUAGUAUUUUGUGUUAGCUGUGAUUGAUUUCCUAUUCUGUGGUGUUUAGUAUUUUGUGUUAGCUGUGAUUGAUUUCCUAUUCUGUGAUGUUUAGUAUUUUGUGUUAGUAUAGCUGUGAUUGAUUCGCUAUUCUGUGAUGUUUAGUAUUUUGUGUUAGUAUAGCUGUGAUUGAUUGGCUGUGCUGUGCUGUUUAGUAUUUUGUGUUAUUUGUGGUUGAUUUGCUAUUGUUUGAUGUUUAGCAUAUUGUGUUAGCUGUUGUUGAUGUGCUAUUGUGUGGUGUUUAGUAUUUUGUGUUAGCUAGGAUUGAUUUGCUAUUGUUUGAUGUUGAGCAUUUUGUGUUAUAUGUGGUUGAUUUGCUAUUCUGUGAUCUUUAGUAUUUUGUAUUUAGUGUUUAGAAUUUUGUGUUAGCUAUAGUUAAUUUGCUAUUCUGUGAUGUUUAAUAUUUUGUGUUAGCUAUAGUUAAUUUGCUAUUCUGUGAUGUUUAGUAUUUUGUGUUAGCUAGAAUUGAUUUGUUAUUGUGUGAUGUUUAGUAAUUUUGUGUUAGCUAUAGUUAAUUUGCUAUUCUGUGAUGUUUAGUAUUUUGUGUUAGCUAGAAUUGAUUUGUUAUUCUGUGAUGUUUAGUAAUUUUGUGUUAGCUAGGAUGAUGUUUAGUAUAUUUUGUUAGCUGUUUUUGAUUUGCUAUUCUGUGAUGUUUAGUAUUUGUGUUAGCUAGGAUUGAUGUGCUAUGUUGUGACAUUUAGUACUUGUGUUAACUAGGAUUGAUUUGUUAUUCUGUGAUGUUUAUCAUUUUGUGUUAGCUUUGAUUGAUUUGCUAUUCCCUGAUGUUUAGUAAUUUGUGUUAGGUGUGGUUAAUUUGCUAUACUGUGAGGUUUAGUAUUUUGUGUUAGCUAUGAUUGAUUGGUUAUUCUGUGAUGUUUAGUAUUUUGUGUUAGCUGAUAGAUUUGCAAUUCUGUGAUGUUUAGUAUUUUGUGUUAGCUAGGAUUGAUUUGUUAUUCUUUGAUGUUUAGUAUUUUGUAUAAGCUGAGAUUGAUGUGCUAUUCUGUGGUGUUUAAUAUUUUGUGCUAGCUAGGAUUGGUUUGCUAUUCUGUGCUAGCUGGGGGUGAUUUGCUACUCCUUGCGAAAACGAUUUUUUCAUUCCUAUAUUGUUGAUAACGAUCUAUGAAUCCAUUCCAGGGAUGUUUAUUACCAGUAGUCAUUUCUUUAAUAUGGUAUUGAAUUGAGGAUUGAAUAUCAGGUAUUACAGGGAGACGACCGUAGGAGACAAACCUUGUACAGGAGCAUGUCAUUUGACCCUGCCACCUUACAAAGGCCUCCUUCUAUUCAUUCUAUUCGUUCUCUGAAACGUGCGCAAUCUUUCAAAUUCCAACCUGAACCCGCCGGAACAGUAACUGAGGAAGAAAGAUAUGCAGAAUAUUUCGUCCCUUCUAAUUCUGGUCAAGGCCAUGCAAACGUUCAAGACGUACCUGAGAUAAAACAGACCAGGAACCUAUCUGCAGCUGAGAGGAAGGAGCUAACCGAUGAAUAUAAAGAAGCUGAUUCAAUUGAAGAAAGCUCAGAUGACAUAUCGGAACAUGGAGGGUGCAUAGAGUGUGUUAAGGCAAUUCCAGUAAUCUCGGGUGAGGAAAUAGAGGAGGGCGACCACAUUGUGUUUGCUGGAGCAGUAUAUGAUCAUCAUGGAAUUGUCGUUUCGAAAAGGAAAGGCGGUAAUGAAAUUGAGAUAGUGGAAGCAACCAACUCCAUUUCCGGAGCAACUGCAAGUAUUUUUUUCGGGGGGAAAGCAAACGUUCAACGUACCAUCAAGACGUUUAACUUUAUAACAGAUCAAAUACGAGUAGUUGUGUACAGAAAACCAAGAUUUUCCAAGCAAGAAAUCGUAUGUCGUGCAAAGAAGUUUAUCAAUGAAGCUGACCCAAAUAGGAAGAAUUUUGAUUAUCAUUUACUAGGGAAUAAUUGUGAGCAUUUCGCAACCUUCUGUGUCACAGGAAAAAGAUUCAGUAUUCAGGUCAGAAAAUUUGUAAUGAUUGCAUCAAUUUUCGUUCGACGUGGAUUUCGAGGAAUCAGUGAUGAAAAGCUUCGAAAUGAGAAGGAAUUCGAAAAUAAUAUCAUAUGCAAGAAAUGUUAUGAAGUCAACAAGAAGCUCCUCGGUGCAAAAGUUACACCGAUAUUGCGUCAUGAUGACGUAAAUGUAGGUGAUGUCAUCAGAUAUUCUUAUUGGAAUCUCUGGCACGAUGCUGUAGUUCUGAGGAUUGUCAAGAAAGAGAGUAAGUUUGUGCUCUGUGAAAUAGCUCAUUAUUGUUUUCGUGGCCCCUUCUCUCAUAGAGAAAUUAUCAGAGAGGAAUUGAAAAUUUAUUUCAAGGGCAGUGUCAGUGUUCUUCAUUACGAACCCCCGAAUUAUGAUGUUUACGACCCGGAAGUUGUAGUUCACCGGGCAGAACAACGAAUGGAAGAGAAAUGCUUUGUCUUCUUCUCCAAUGAUUCCAGUCACUACGCCCGCUGGUGCAAGUUAAAACUAGUACGGCAAUCUUCAAUGGUGAUGGAGACUGCGGUGUAGAAGGUAUCGGCGUCAGAAUGUGAUUUUGAGAUAGUGCAUUCUCCACAAAACACAAACAGAAUAUUUUCCAUGCAUGAUUUUACUGCAUGAUGUGUAAAUGAUAUUCGGUAUGCUAUUUGUAGAUUAUGGUGUGCAGAUGCAUAUUGACUGUGAGUUUUAUAUGAAGUGGGUUUUUUUCUAAUUGACAUAUAUUAUAUUUUCGGCAAAAUUAAGGGCUCAAGAAUUUGAUAUUUUUAUGUAAUUAAUAGAUUUGCAGACUUUUUCACCAUGCUUGCACAUAUUAGACUGAUUUUAAGUUUGUAGAUGUGUAUUAUAAUUAUUUGAUGUGUAUUAUGAUUAUUUGAUGUGUAUCAUGAUUAUUUGACUUUCUAGGCUGUCAGUCCUUUGUUUAAUGAGUUGAUCCAUUUAUUUUGUACUGGCCAAGUAUGAAAUGAAGUAGGAAACAACUUGUAAAUGCGUUUAACGACGAUUUACUACAAAAAAUACAAAGAAAAUAUACAAUAAAUACAAGAUAUUUUAGAUUAAAUCACACAUGAUAACACAUCCUAGCAAAUCAAUUAUAAUGUAUUACAUGUACUAGAAAAUAACAGACACUGCAGUAUAGAUAAGAAAAAUUGCCGACAUAAUGUAAACAAAAGAGGCAUAACUCUAGAUUAUUACAGAUCAAGAAUGAAAAACAUGAUGAAAAUGGAGUUAUCUCCCGUAUAUGAUAAAUGUGCACGUAUCCAUCGAUAUCACAUACAUGUCAAUAAUAUUACCUGACUUCCUAAUUGCAUUAUAAAUAAUGAACUUGAAUAUAAUUGCACAAAUACUAAAAGCAAUUACUUUAUACUGAAAUUACUAAGUAUGCAAAAUUUACCGAGAUACAUAAAUGCACAGUUUAUACCUAAAUAAAAACAAUAAUACACUCACCAAUUCAGAAGUUUCCUCUAGUGAACAUAAUUAUCAGUACAAACCUGACUGGUAAGUUAACUAGUAAAAUUUGACUGGAAAACUGGUAAUGCAGGUAUGCCACUUGCCGCGUCCUGCCAUAAUAGAAUUACGGGCUUUACACUGUGCCCCAAAAAUGAUGACAUCACAUUACAACUCCAGAGAGAGCACUAAUUAACGAAAUGGCCGUAACAUUUUUAAUUUUUUUUUGGGGGGGGGGUUACUUUCUUUUGUCUAUUUUACUCCAUGUUUUAUUCACAGUGCUUGAUGAGGAAUAUUUCCGGGUAGGAGUUAAUUCUUGCACUGAUUACCAUCUUUAAUCAACUCGUCCUCGUUUGAGAAGAAUUACGUCACCCAUUAUCACUUCCCGCUUCAGCCCAUUGGACAAUUAGGAGUUGAUUACUCCCUAGAAAACAUUGAUUAUUAAGCCAAAACAAUAAACAUGUAACUUGCAGAGUAUAUACAACUGUACCUUUCUAAAUUUAGUGUUAUGUACUUUGUAUAUAUUAUCUGACGUUUUUGUUUAUUCAUAUAUCGUGCCACACCUGUUGUGGAACGGGACCUUGUUUUUUGUGGUCUCAUCCGAUCGAAGGACUGCCCCAUUUAGUCGCCUCUUACGACAAGCAAGGGAUACUGAGGACUUAUUCUAACCUGGAUCCCCACGGGAAUCCAGAUAUUGAAAUAUUUUUUCCCCCACAUGUUUACAUUGGUAUCUUACAGUUUAAUUUCAACAAUGUGAACUGUUCUUGACAAUCUUGCACUUUGUUAAUCGUCUGAUUAUUUGUAAAACAAAAAAAAAAAACUAAAAACAAAAAAAAAAAAACAGAAAAAAAAACAACAAAAAAAAAACAAAAAAAACAACAACAAAUAUUUAAAAAAAAAAAAAAAAUAGCGGUUAAUAAUGCGUAACAAUUUUUUGAAAUGUCAAAUUUCUGAUACUGAUAAAUUGUUAUGAUUUAAUGAUCAAUGUUAUUCAAUAAAAUAAAGAUUUGAA